UAUUGAUAUUAAUGUACAAUUCUUUUUUAAUGUUUCUUAGUCGAUAUAUGAAUACUCCAUGUGAAUUAAUUUAAAUUACAAACUGUAAAAAAAAUCGUUAUAUUGAUUUCGUGUUAAUGAAACAGUUUAUGUAGACAUGAAGAAUUAUCUCACAUGUUUAUGUUUUUUUAAUAUAUUUUUACAGGAAUUGUAAGAUUCAAACAUUCAAGUGUAAAUAAUAUAAAAAAUGAAUAGUAGAUCUACUUGCUUAUUCAGAAAAGAUCUAGUUAAAAGAAUUCGUCCUUUUUGUUCAAAUUCAUUUGCUUUACAUCAGAAAUCAUCGAUAAAUAAGGCACAAAAUGAAAUAAAUUUUGAUCAAAUUGGAAAUCCAGAUCCUAUUUCGAAUUUGAGACCUAUUAUUUUUAAAAAGUCCAAUAAUGAAUCUACAUUGGAGAAAAAAUACAGAGAAGCUAGAGAAGAUACCCAGCUUUGGAAUCAAACAUUUUGGACAAAACAUAACAAGAGUUUCAUACAAGAACGCAGUAAAUUUCAAGAAACAUUGAAAGCACAAGGUAAAACAUCGUUAACAGCAGAUGACAUGUCUGUUUUUUAUAAAUAUUUUCUUGACAAAAAUUGGAGAUUACAUUUUGACUAUAAUAUUUUGUGGUAUAAAAAGAAUUUUAAUCUUUUAUUACUUGAAUUGAGGGUAAAAAUAUCUAAAUUAAUAUUUAAAUAAUUGAUAUCGAAUUUAAAUUUCAGAAGAGUGAAAUGUUAGGAUAUUUGUAAAAAAAAUAUCAUCAAUAAAAUUUAGUUAUAAUUAAUAAAGGAAAGAGUUCUAUGCAACAAUAUAAUAACAUACUUUUAGCUAUUUCUGGUAU